CUUCCACAUGGGCCAAAUCCGCUGUUUCUUUGGGCCGUUAACCCGUCGGUGGCGGCCCGGUCUUUUCUUGCAUUUUGGUCCCUAGAUUUUUUUUCCCCCUGACGGUAUUCCAUUUCCAUCCAGGUGAGGAGCCCAAGCGGCGGCGCGCGCGCGUGGCCGUGGCGGUGGCGGCCGGCGCCGGCGACUCGGCUCCUCAGAGCAGCCGCGCGGCGGCCUUCGAGAGACCAUCCACAUAGAGCGCGGCGGUCCCGGGAGGUGCCGCCGUCAGUGACCUGCCGGAGGAGCUCGCCGGGGCGGCCUCCAGCGCGGCGCCGCGGGCAGCCAGGCCGGGGGCGGGGCUGAGGCGCUGAGCGCCGGCAAGGGCGCGAGCAGGGGCGGGCAACCGGGCGUGGGCGGCCGGUGCAGCCAGGCAGGUGUGCAAGCCGCAUUCCGCGUCUCCGCAGGUAGCAUGUCACUGAUUACCUGGCCACUCCCUGCAUUGCAUGGAUUUUGCGCAGCCUCGGUGAAGUGCAGAGCUUGGUGGCUCCGCAGAGACGUCAAUCUCCCAUCAACAAGUCGUAUUUCUUGCACAGAGCCAUCAGAUGGUGGUUCUUGUGCCAUGGAGUUGGAGGUCCCAGACUGCAGUGAGCAAACGUACAGCUUGAAUGCUGCUGCUGCUGAGGAUGAGGACGAUGCUAAGGAAGAGGUUUUAGAGUGGAGCAAAUAUGAGCUUGAUGCCAUCUCGGCACUCUUUGACCGGCCAAUGCGCCAGAAGCCGCUGAAGCCACCAAACCCGGCGAGGCAGCGACCUCUCCCACUGCCACUGCCUCACAAGAGACGGCUGCCCAAUGCUCCUGCACCAAAGCAGCAUAUCAGGCUGGCAGCAAGGGCUGCACUUUCUUCACGCACCUCCUUCAGUGACCAGGUGUGCAAGAACCCAGAGGUCCUUAUUAGGAUCGCCCGGGAGAUUGGCGCGCUGCGACCGGAGUCGGAGGUGUCUGUUGUGCUCGACCGGUGGGCUCGGUUCCUCCGGAAAGGCUCCUUGUCAAUGACCAUCCGGGAGCUUGGGCACAUGGGGCUCCCGGAGAGGGCAUUGCAGACGCUGUGCUGGGCUCAGAGGCAGACUGCUGUGCCACUCUUCCCAGAUGACAGAAUUCUCGCUUCAACCAUUGAGGUUUUGGCACGCUUCGAUCAGCUGAAGAUGGAGGAUGCGCUUGAUCAGUGUGUCCCCUCGGCAAGCCGUGCUGUGCUUGAAGCCAUGGUGAGUGGGUUCAUCAGAGCAGGUAAAGUUGGCCUGGCACGCAAGCUCCUGGAGCUCACCAAGAUCAACAAGAGGACGCUGAGCCCGAGCGUCCACGUGAAGCUGAUGCUGGAGGCCGUCCGUACGCCUGAGGGCUACGGGCUCGCCGCCGCGCUGCUCGACGAGCUCGGCGAGAGGCCGGAGCUGCACCUGCGGCAGCAGGACUGCACGGCCGUGAUGAAGGUGUGCGUGAAGCUCCGGCGGUACGCCGCGGUGGAGAGCCUGUUCAGCUGGUUCGGGGAGUCCGGCGGGAGCCCCACGGUGGUGAUGUACACGACGGUGAUCCACAGCCGCUGCCGCGGCGGCCGGCACCGGGAGGCGCUGGCCCUGGCGUGGGAGAUGGAGCAGGACGGCAGCUGCCUCCUCGACCUGCCGGCGUACCGGGUGCUGGUGAAGCUGUGCGCGGCGUUGCGUGACCCCGAGAGGGGCCUCCGGUACUUGGCGAGGAUGAAGGAGGCCGGGUUCGUUCCGACGAGCGACAUGUACGGCGAGCUGAUCGGAGCCUGCGCGGCGGAGGGGAGGAUGGCCAGGUGCCGGAAGCUGGUGAGGGAGGCGGAGCUGGCUGGCGUGAAGCUGGAAAGGAGGCUGCUUUCGCGCUUGUCUGAGAUGGGAGUUGAGAGCUCUUACUUCUGAAACUUGAAACUUGCUAGACAUCUGACAAACAUGGACAAUUGGAUGUUAGAAAGAAAUUUUGAACUGUAAAACAUAAUCCCCACUAUGAAUAUAUUGAAUAUAUUCCUUUUGUUGUUGGCUUCUCGCCC